AUGGUGAUCGGUAGUCGAAUUUCUAGGAUCCAGAGCUGUACUCGUGAAGAGUUUGCUUCGUACCUAAGACAUACCGAUAUUGAUGAAUAUAACAAAUACGUUCCCGAACGCAGCUGUUGGGAUGGUCAAUUGCGAAACAAGACUUCCGAGCUGUGCCUUGACACAGAACUUCUGCUGUUUCUCAUGGCAUUAAAUGGAAUUGACAAGACUUCCGAGGAAGAAGCUACGAUGGAAGACGCAACAAGAGAGCCUCGCCUAUUCUCUACAUUGUGCACUCGUGUGAAACGGGGAAUGAGACGCACGAAACGACCGGUUUUCCGACAAAAUAAUUACGAGGUUGGUUCCCCAGUGGAAGCACCACCUUUCUACUCUGCAGUGCAGUCCGUGGUGCCCUGUUGUCCGACGGCUACGAGCGAACGCACAGUAGUGCACAAUGAGGUCUUUGCAAACCACCUUGGUAAACCAAGAUCUACUACAAACGUUCUGCGGCUCAUCGAAGCCACUGAUUAA